UUGCAAUUUACUUCAACUAACAGUAUGGCUGUGUCAACGUAUAUCAAUUUGGUUGUGCUUGCUGGUGUAUGCAAUGGAUUCCUAUUUGGGCCAAAGUCUCAUCCCUGGGAUGGAUUGAAAGUGACAUGGGGUAUAAACCCUCUCAGUAGUACCAACUUUGCCAACAUGCCGAGAACAGAGGCUGAUGCCAAACAUCAAGGCUUUACAAUGAUAUCUGGAUGUGGACAUCCUAAUUUCCUCGGAAAGAGAUACAUGAAAAAUAACGACCCUGCCGUCAUCUUGAUAUACGACGUUAACGGUUACAUCGCUGGUAUUCAGGCUGGGGUACCAACAGGACUAAGCAAUGGUUACCCGGCAUCAAAUCUUCAAAAUCAUCCCAUGAUCAAAGAUGGCGACAAGCAUUAUAUGACAGCCUAUUUUGUCGCACCAAAUUCGAUAUGCACACAUGGACGUACCGCAGCUCAGUUUAGCCAUCAGGGUACAGGGACAGAUCUCUACAUACAAAAUAGUACUGAUCCUAUGGCCUCCAUCAAAAUACCUCAUCGAGAAUCCGACAUUGGAUCUACAUUGUGGGUCAAAGGCCAUUGCUUCCCUGCCAUGGGUGUUCAUUACUGGUUUGACACAACUGCCGAUAUGUCCUGUGAUCGAUUUUUCCCUGUUUUCCUCCUAUACAAUGGUGGAGUUCUGAAUGCUUUCGGAUGGGCCUUUCAAGCUGAUCUGUCCUCAACAAGAUACGAACAUCCUUCACAAUCAUCAUUUGGGGCAUUCAUGAAGGUUGUGCCAAACUGUCUACGUGACGCAGGAAAACUUUCAACACUACACAUUUACCUUAAUGGAAACCCACAGACAGAUUUGUUGUGCAACUAAAGGUGUUUUUGUAUAAAAUAAUGUAAUAAAUAAAAUUGAAUAUAAAAUCCA